AUGGGUUUUAAACUUCACACUGAUCUGACACACACUCAGCCUGCGGCCUCGCUCUCAGCCUGCGGCCUCGCUCUCAGCCUGCAGCCUCGCUCUCAGCCUGCCGCCUCGCUCUCAGCCUGCCGCCUCGCUCUCAGUCUGCCGCCUCGCUUUCAGUCUGCAGCCUGCGGCCUCGCUCUCAGUCUGCCGCCUCGCUCUCAGUCUGCAGCCUGCGGCCUCGCUCUCAGCCUGCGGCCUCGCUCUCAGCCUGCAGCCUCGCUCUCACCUGCAGCCUCGCUUUCAGCCUGCCGCCUCGCUCUCAGCCUGCAGCCUCGCUCUCAGCCUGCUGCCUGCAGCCUAGCUCUCAGUCUGCAGCCUCGCUCUCAGUCUGCAGCCUGCGGCCUCGCUCUCAGUCUGCAGCCUGCGGCCUCACUCUCAGCCUGCCGCCUCGCUCUCAGUCUGCCGGCUCGCUCUCAGUCUGCCGGCUCGCUCUCAGUCUGCAGCCUGCCGCCUCACUCUCAGCCUGCCGCCUCGCUCUCUGCCUGCCGCCUCGCUCUCAGCCUGCCGCCUCGCUCUCAGUCUGCCGGCUCGCUCUCAGUCUGCAGCCUGCCGCCUCGCUCUCAGCCUGCCGCCUCGCUCUCAGUCUGCAGCCUGCGGCCUCGCUCUCAGCCUGCCGCCUCACUCUCAGCAUGCAGCCUCGCUCUCAGCCUGCAGCCUCGCUCUCAGUCUGUAGCCUGCCGCCUCGCUCUAAGCCUGCCGCCUCGCUCUCAGUCUGCCGGCUCGCUCUCAGUCUGCAGCCUGCGGCCUCGCUCUCAGCCUGCCGCCUCGCUCUCAGCCUGCCGCCUCGCUCUCAUCUGCAGCCUGCAGCCUUGCUCUCAGCCUGCCGCCUGCAGCCUCGCUCUCAGCCUGCCGCCUCGCUCUCAGUCUGCAGCCUCGCUCUCAGCCUGCAGCCUCGCUCUCAGCCUGCAGCCUCGCUCUCCUUCUGUUUAG